AUGGUACAGACUCUAACGCGUGCUCUCAGGGCGUUCGUGGCUGAUGUCGAUCAGAAGGACUGGAAUGAGUACGCGGAACGACUGGCCUUUGCUCUCAAUACGACUCAAGAUCGAGUUCGUGGUGACAUGUCGUUCUACUUAGUUCAUGGAUGGGAUCCUCGAUCUACGUUGGAAGCUGCGAUUACGCUAGGAUCGGCACGGCGUCGAGAUCGAGAGCCCGGCCGGUGGCGUUAUCACAUCCAGAGACACUAUCAGCAGGCUCGCGAACCAGUCAGUGAACGUCUGCGCGAAGCUAUCCAAGAGAGAGCAGAUCGGCACAACGAGGCGACACGUCCACACAAGAUCGAGGUUGGUUCACAAGUAUGGCUGUACUUAGAUCGCGUAAAGGAGAGAUACGCACAUAAACUGGCGCACAUGUGGCAUGGGCCGUUUCGAGUUUCGGAGGUCGUCGACUUACAUGCAGUAAGAUUCGAGAUCGCUGGGUCCGGCUAUCACGUGUUUCCAGUAGUACAUGUGUCCAAGUUGAAACCAGUUCGGAGAUUCCCAGAUUGUCGAAUGUGA